AUGGACUACUUUUUAAAAAAGUCGUAUCUGGCACCCAAGCCGAUGCUUGACCAGGUUCCUACAAAGGUUGCGUCUCCUUCUCGGUCGCUGACCAUUGCGGUAGCUCUUAGUGGGAGCACCAAAAGCAAGAAUAUACUUAAAUGGGCGCUCAAAAAGUUUGCUUCUGACAAAAACUUCGUGUUCAAACUGAUUCAUGUCCUUCCAAUGAUUACUUCUGUACCUACACCUUCCGGAAAGAAAGUCUCUAUCUCUGAGGCACCAGAAGAUGUGGCGGCUACUUAUAGACGACAAAUGAUGGAAGAGACGAAAGAAACUCUUCUUAAACCAUACAAGAAGAUGUGCGAGCUGAAAAAGGUUGCUGUAGAACUUCAAGUGCUUGAAUCAAAUAGUGUUGCAGUUGCGAUAACGAGAGAGGUUAAUCAGAACUUGAUAAGCAUACUUGUCAUUGGAAUCUCGUCUCAUGUUGGUUUGUUCAGGAAUCGUGAUGUUACCGCGAAAGUACCAGCAUAUGUGUCAGACCUUUGCACAGUUUAUGUUGUCUCAAAAGGAGUCUACAUUCUUUCGAAAGAUAAAUCACCGUCAGAUGGGGAGAUCAAUAAAACUAUUUUAAGAGAUUCUGGUAGUGAGAGAACAGAUACAUCUAGCUACUCUUCUAGUUCAAGACAUAUCUCAGAUGCGACACUCAAAUCGAAAUCUCUUGCUAUGUCCAAUAAUAAGAGAUUGCAACAUCUCCCAACAAUAGUAAGAGGGGUCUCUGUUCGUAUGGAAACUAGUUCUGUUGACUCAUACGGAACUACAAGUAUGUCUUCGGGUACUGCAGAGAAAGCAACCAGCCUUGAAACAUCAUCCCGUACUGUUUCUUGGAAUCCUCCUCGGAGUUAUAUGUCCAGCAAAGAAAAUGUUACUCAAGGUGAAGAUUAUUUCACAGCCAAACAGGACACGGUAGACAAAAUGACAAAGUUGAAAGAUGAACAUAGUCUCGAUGAGCUUGAGUUUGAAGAGCUAAAGCUUAAGGAGCACGCAACAAAGGGGUUAAAAGAAAAGGAGAUACAGAAGUUUGAGCAGAAAAGAGAAGCCAAAGAGAAGGAAAAACUUAAAGAAAGUCCCCUUGUGGCUCCUAAGAUGCAAUACCAAGAGUUCACUUCGGAAGAAAUUAAAACCGCAACUUCAUCGUUCUCUGAAAAUCUAAGCAUUGGAAAGGGAGCUUACGGGACUGUUUACAAAUGCAAUCUCCGUCAUACAAUCACCGCUGUCAAAGUUUUGCAUUCCCCGGAAAGUAAUCUAUCCAAGCAAUUCGAUCAAGAGCUCGAAAUCUUGAGCAAUAUCAGGCAUCCACACUUGGUUCUCCUUCUAGGCGCCUGUCGAGAGCACGGCGCUCUAGUCUAUGAGUACUUGGAAAAUGGUAGCUUGGAAGAUAGACUGUUUCAGGUCAACAAUAGUCAACCAAUCACGUGGUUCGUUCGGUUUAGGAUAGCUUGGGAAGUUGCAUCAGCGCUCAUUUUCCUCCACAAAUCAAAGCCGACACCAAUUAUCCACCGUGAUCUUAAACCAGCCAACAUAUUGCUUGAUCACAACUUUGUCAGCAAAGUAGGAGACGUGGGCAUCUCCACAAUGAUCCAAGUUGACCCUUUAUUAACACAAUUAACAAUGUACAAACAGACAAGCCCCGUGGGAACACUAUGCUAUAUCGAUCCUGAAUAUCAACGAAGCGGGAGGUUAUCAUUCAAAUCAGAUGUAUAUGCAUUUGGAAUGAUCAUUCUGCAGCUUCUUACCGCUCUGCCGGCUAUAGGACUUACAUAUAAAGUAGAAACAGCAAUGGAGAAUAAUGAGUUGAUACGGAUUCUUGAUAAAAAUGCUGGUGACUGGCCAAUGGAAAAAACCCGUAAAUUAGCUGCUUUGGCCCUCUCUUGUACAGAGAUCCGUGCUAAAGACAGGCCUGAUCUUGAAACUCAGAUUCUUCCAACGUUGGAGAGCUUUAAGAAUGGUGCUGAAAAUGCGAGAAACUUGAUUUCCUUGGCGCAAAAGCAACCUCCAAGCCAUUUCUUAUGCCCAUUACUUAAGGAUGUGAUGAGUGAACCAUGUGUUGCGUCCGAUGGCUAUACUUAUGACCGACGAGCUAUAGAGGAAUGGAUGGAGGACCGCCGUACCUCACCGGUGACUAAUUUGCCAUUACAAAACACUAACCUUUUGCCCAAUCAUAGUGUGUAUGCAGCCAUUGUGGAAUGGAGACAUGAAAAUCAGCAAGGCAAGCAAAAGGGUGCGCUCCAUUUUAGUAACUCCUCUUUCUGA